AUGAAGACCGACAUGGUCGACAACCUUCUUGUGUCCUGGAUGGACGAGCUCGACAUGAGCCCAUCCAGUGACAACGACGGCGUCGCCCCUCCGGCGGCCGUCGACAGCAACUUGGCAUCCUCCCAAGCCAAAGUCCAAGUUGCUCAAACUCCUCCCAAGCAUCUCGACCAAGACGACACCGUCGCGGUCACCACCCCGACGAAGGGGGUCCGACGCAAGGAUCGCGGCUACUCGCCAGCGUUCCAGGCCUCGCGCUCCGAACCACAAGACAACGGCGACGACGCCGCCAUGGAGAUCGACGCGCCGUCGCCUCCAUGGAAAACAGACCGAGCCGCCCCUCGCGGACUCGUGUCUCCUCUCCAACCCCCCGCAGCCCCUGCCCGCCGCAGGGAUGCGAACCUCUACCUGGGUGGCUCCUCAGAGCCCCCCAGCGAGUCCUCAAGCCUCAGGCGACUUCGCUCCCUCGCGAAGUCCGCCAACCACAAGAGCCGCGCCGAGCUUCAUCGCCAAGAAGCCGCGCACCGAGUGUUCAAGAAUUCCUCAAUCAGGUCCAAACGACCUGCUGAGGCCACCCAGAGAAGCUCGCCAGCUCUGCCAGUGAUGGGCCCACCCCGCCCACUCACGAACCAUGACCUCAUUUGGAACGCAGAGCUGGCGGAGGAAAGAGCCUUCAAUGCCAUGUCAAGCCACCAGAGGCGAAUGGCGAGGGCUCACAAGGAAUGGUGUCAAGGCCAAAGGGGCCGGAUGGAGGAAUGGAUCCGCCGGUGCGAACAAGAAGCACGGGGCGGAAAUCCUUGA